AGAAGGAGGAGGGAGGCAGCAGGGAUACGGUAACCUGCAGGAGGACUUACAUGGUGCUGCAGCAGAAGACCACAGACCACCAGGACUCUCCAAACCUCUUACGCACGGCUCGGCUUCAGUCUCUUUUUUAAAUAUUCUCCCGUCUUUAUUUUCUUUUGUUCGCAUCUCUCCAGCCCACUGUCGAUCGAACUUGGCCCAGUAACGCUGCGCCAUGGCUCGGGAGAACGGAGAUACCGGCAGGGGAGAAACGUGGAAAAAACAAGUCGACGACAUCAAAAAUAUUUUUGAUUUUAAAGAAGUCCUCGGCACAGGAGCGUUUUCUGAAGUGGUCCUCGCCCAGGAGAAGCUGACUGGCCGGAUGUUUGCGGUGAAGUGCAUCCCUAAAAAGGCCCUAAAGGGGAAGGAGAGUAGCAUUGAGAAUGAGAUCGCUGUGCUGGGGAAGAUCAAGCAUGAGAACAUUGUGGCACUGGAAGACAUCUAUGAGAGUCCUGACCACCUCUACCUGAUAAUGCAGCUGGUGUCUGGUGGCGAGCUGUUCGACCGAAUCGUGGAAAAAGGUUUUUAUACGGAGAAGGAUGCAAGCACACUGAUCCGACAAGUCCUGGAUGCCGUUAACUACCUGCACAAGAUGGGCAUCGUACACCGAGACCUGAAGCCAGAGAACUUGUUGUAUUUUAAUCCUCAAGACGAGUCAAAGAUCAUGAUCAGUGACUUUGGUCUUUCCAAGAUGGAGGGCAGUGGUGACGUCAUGUCCACUGCCUGCGGUACUCCAGGAUAUGUUGCUCCAGAGGUUCUUGCUCAGAAGCCGUAUAGUAAGGCAGUGGAUUGCUGGUCCAUUGGAGUGAUUGCCUACAUCCUGCUGUGUGGUUAUCCACCAUUCUAUGAUGAAAACGACUCCAAGCUCUUUGAACAGAUCCUGAAAGCUGACUAUGAGUUUGAUGCACCAUACUGGGAUGACAUAUCAGACUCAGCCAAGGAUUUCAUCAGCAGUCUGAUGGAAAAAGAUCCAGCCAAGCGUUUCACCUGUGAACAGGCACUCAGACACCCCUGGAUCGCUGGGGAUACAGCUCUCUGUAAGAACAUCCAUGAGUCAGUCAGCCGACAGAUCAGAAAGAACUUCGCCAAGAGCAAAUGGAGGCAAGCGUUCAAUGCCACCGCCGUUGUACGACACAUGAGGCGACUGCAGCUUGGCAGCAAUAUGGGGAGCAGCAUGGACGCCUCCAGCCCCUCAACCAGGCCCAGCCAGACGCAGAAGGCAGCCCAAAGCCAGAGCCAGGCGGGCCAGAUCCAGUCAGCUCAGAGCCAAAACCCCGGCCAGGCGGUGCAGAGCCAGAGCACCAACAUAGCCACCAGCAAAACUUCUUCCAAUGACAACAACAUGGCAACUCAACGAAAGGAAUAUGUCACCACGCCAGUCACGCCCUGCAGUCUGGCAUCUGCAGCCUGUUCUCCCACUGCUGGGGCAGAGCUGAACCGGCCACAUCCCUCAGCGGUGCCUCCCCCAGUGCUCACGGAGACCAAGUGACGCCAAGUCCCGCGGGGAACCAGCUGGGAGGCCACAGCGCUGUGAAGCAGAGAGAAACAGAGGACAACAGGGGAGGAAGAAGAUCAUGCUCCUCUUCGUCCCUCCUUCUCUUCACUUUAAUGCCCCCCAGCCAGUUCCCCGUCCUGCUCCCGGGAGAGCAGAGGACUUUACCUCCACCCCACCGAUUCAAGCCACACAGCCCCAUACUUUAUGCCCACCACCCACCCACCAGAACAGCAACAGCAUGGCCACUGGCUCUCAUUGAGGAUAUUUGUAUGCCCAGCUGGGAUUGGUUGCUAUUUAAUUAUUAAUGGGUGUCGACUGCUCUGAGCUUGAGCAGUAUUUAGUGGUUCAGGAGAGGCUGGUGUAUCAUAUUAUUCAAUGUCACACAACAUACACUUCCCUCUUGAAUCUGGUCUUUCCUGCACCAUUUUAUUUAGCUAUUUUCCAACUUGGCUUUGACUGAUGGCAACUGGAUUGUUUUAUUUUUUAUUAUUAUUACUUUUCAUGUUAAAGGUGCUAUGUGUAACUUUAAACAAACACAUCAUUGUCAAAUUGAGAGUGCUACUUCGGUAUUAUGACUGUAAAUAAGUAAGACCAUAGCCAAGAUGAGUGGUCGCUAUUGAUUGUGCGUGUUUCUCUAGGUUAAGACCCCAUUUCCCAUAUCCCUCUUGUUUCAUCUUGUUUCCACCGUCACCACAUUCUCUAAAAUCAGCAUCCUUCUCUGUAAAGUCAAUCAAAAUUUCCCUUCAGAUCUUACCUAGUAAUUGAUUAAAAUGCAGAACAGAGGCUGGCAGUCUUCUGAGUAAUGACCUCACUUGUUUACAUAAAUUCUACUAAUGUUGUAAACUAAUGUGACAAUGUUUUUAUCCGUGUAAAAAUGCUAUACAUCGCACCUUUAAGACCUUUUCUAUAUCUUUGUGGGCUCGUCUGUUUGUUUGUGCUUUAAGAAGUGCUUCAAAAGUACCAUACAACUGUUGAUAUGUGAAAACAUGAGUGAGCUUUAUCUAUUUUGCACAGAGAGGGUAAGAUAUGUUCUCAGACACAGAUAAGCUGCCAUCCACUUAUGUUUUUUCAGACAGAGAGUAGAGAUUGUAAACCUUUUAUUUAAAAGAAAAUAGGUUUCAGAACAUUGUACAACUUAUUUAUUGUCUGAAAGAUUCUGAUUUGUUUAUUAUUUUCUUACUUUAUUAGACUUUUAUAACAAUCGCCCUUUAAGGGGCACACAUACAGGUUAUUAUGAAACAUGCAGCAAGUUUAGGAUUGGAUGGGAAAAGACAGAGAUAUUUAUAUACUGGAAAACUGCCUCCAGUUGAGAAUGUUUGUGACUAAAGAUAGCUUGUCAUUUGACUUCCCAAAAUAAGGAACCACCAGUAGCACAAUGCAAUUUCAAGGUGUUUAAAAGAUACAAGACAUGUUAGAAACCAUCACAGAGAAAUUUAACUGCCUCCCACAUUGGUCUUCAGAGUAUUUGGCCCAUGUGGAGUCACAAUCCAAGUUGGAGAAGCUGUUGCCUGCUGUUCUUCCUUCCCCCUUUAAUGAAGCCAUGAUUUCACUUUCUCACAUCAUCAAGCUGCACCCAGUUCAGAAGUGCUCAGGGAAAACUGCAGCUGUACUGUGUGCUGGCAAACACUGGUUUCCUGGUUUUGGUGUUUCUGUCAGGUUCCAGGUGUUGUGGCAUCACAGUUAAUGAUCCAGGGCUCAAGACGUUAGCUGUGUCUUUACUGCAGAGUUGUAGUGACUCGUGACUUGAAUAAUGAGGACUCAGACCUGGUUUCAGACUACACAACCAAGGACUGAGUUUUGAACCUAAUCACCUUAGACACAGCUUUUUUUCUCAGUGCUACUCAAAAGUUUUACCUGAUCACUUGGUUGGUUAACACCAUAGGCCAAAUUGUACAAAUUAUGUAACAACAGAAAACAUCAGUGGACUUGCAGUGUGAGACAACAGUUUUUUGAGUUAUUGGGAGACUUUUCAGGUCCAGAGUUUAAUGUCUCAUUUUAACUGAUAAACAACUGAUAAACUAGGUUUAAUCUGACUUUUUUUUUUGUUGUUCUUGAUGAAACUGAGACUUGACUUGAACAUGACAUUCUUUUGACACGGAUAUGACAACAAUAGCUUAAAUUGUCGUAAUGAUAUAUAAUGGUAAUGUAGUAAUGAUAUAACUCAGAAGGCAGAAGUGUGUAAAGUUGGGUGCUCAGUCACACAUAUCAGAUUGUCAUGUCUUUAUUAGAUGCAAUUCUACUGAUCCCUUUAUUCUGAAUUGUAGCCAAAGACUAGUGCUAGGUAUGAAGAUAAUUUGGUUAAUUCUGCAGUACUUGAUGAAUUAGCUAUACCAAAACUAGUCAGCUGUGAAGUUCUUCAAGACACACGAACAAGGGCUGAACUCCAGAUGCAAAUUCAUCUGGAGAGAACCUUAUUGACUUGUGACUUUCCCUUCCUACUCCGUUUCCAUUUACCUUUUUUACUAUCUCCACAGAGUGCUGCUGAAAAGUAACUACAAGUUAUUCAUAGUGCUUGUUUUAAUGUGUAUAGCAUACAAGGUGAGUGUGAGGCCACAGCUGGAUUAAGCUCAAAGUAUGGUAAAAAAUUACGGUAAAAUCAACACUCACCCAACCUUUCUGGAAUUCACUUUUGGCUUGCUGCAUCGUUUUGUGUAAGCCCAAAGUAUCUGGCACUAAAGUUGACUAAAACAAACCUUAAUAAGACAUUUGUGAAUACUAUCCAAUCUAAAUCUGUCUCCCUCCACACUGCUCUGCAAGGGCAGUUCCAGUGUGUUGGGAUUUGCUGCUCUUUCCCCAUGUUUCCUGAGUUUUGUGUACCUGCUCUCCAGCUUUUAUCACUUAAAGAGUGGCUGUAUUCCAUCAUUUUCUUAUUGAUG